UUGCCUCCGGCAGCCAUGUUUGCGCAGCUCAUCCCUUUCCUCAAAGCCCUCCCCCGACGAAUUCUCAAAUGGUAUAUUUCGAUGCCCAGAUAUGCGAAGACUAUUCUCUGGCUGUGGAUUCUCUUCGAGAUUUUCCUGGUGACUGUCAUUGCUCUUAUUGGCCCUAGCCGUGUCGCACAAUUCCUAUACGAUAAUGCAGAGAAAUUGGCCCAAAGUCAAUUUGGCUGGCUAAUCAUCGGUUUGCUCAUUGCCUGCAUAUCGUUCCCUCCAUUGGCCGGCCAUACCACACUCACUGGACUCUGUGGAUACGCGUGGGGAGUUCCCACGGGAUUCUAUAUCGCCGCCCCUGCGAGUUUGAUUGGUGCUGCCUUUGCAUUCACCACUCUAAGGCUUAGCUUCCGCAAGCGGCUACACAAUUUCUCCAAGACUAAUGAGAAGUGGCAAGCGCUGGAGUCUGUUAUUUCAGCGAAAGGCCUCAGUCUUAUUAUUCUCAUCCGGAUGUCUCCCUUCCCACCUUGGGUUUAUUCAAACGUCUUGUUUGCCUCGAUUGGAUCUGUUGCCCUUUGGCAAUUCGUUGUCGCGACUCUGUUUGUGUUUCCGAAGCUAUUCCUCCACGUUUACAUCGGAUCGUUAUUGGCUGCCCUCUCUGACGGCGAGCAGAGGAAGCAUAUGGACACCCAGCUUAAGGUUCUCAAUGGUGUCCUCAUCGGAGGAAGCAUUUUUAUUACAAUUGUGGCUAGCUGGUUCAUAUAUACCUCAAUUCAAGCCCACAUUCGCAGCCUGCCUGGAAUUCCUCCCGAGAUAGACGAAUUGGCUGCCGAGGCCAUUGAGGAUUCAGAGGAAGCCCCGUUGCUAACUUCCGUUUGA